AUGUGUCGUCUAUGGCUAGGAAUAUCGAGCUUACCGAGGCCAUCCGUGCUCGCCCAGUACCGUCCGAACCUCGAGGUGCUGGACAGCGAAGGGUUGACGCCUUUGGCGUGGGAGGAUACAAAAACGAUCAGCAAAGGAACACUCAAGCUUCUCGUAAGGGAGGGCCUCGAUGUCGACACGAAUGCCUCGCCUGGACGCUCGCUUCGGUUGGACGCCUGUUCCACAACAAGAUUUGACCUGGGACUGACAUUACUUGGGUUGAGUGCUGCUUCUCCGGGCACAGCUGCGCUUCACUGUUGCUGCAAGACAACAAUGAAUCUACCCUACAUUACAACCAAACAAAGUCCACAUUUUACAAGUCUGGAAAGCAGUGCAACAUUGGACGGCGCGGUCCAGUUGACCAAGACGCUCAUGCAAGCUGGAGACGGCGUCGACGCCGACAAGGAGAGAAAUACACCCCUCAUCAUUGCCUCUUGGAGCUGCCUCUUCCCAGUCGUAGAAGCAUUUGCUGUCCGCCUUCCGUGGCAUGAAGUCAACCCAAAUGCCAAUACCAUGUUCAAUGUCACCCCUUUGAGUAUUGUUUGCGGGCUAUCGGUCCGAGAUCCUAGCAAAACAGUCGUCGCACUGCUGCUGAUAAUGCACGGAGUCCGCCUGGAUGAGGAUGAUUACAUCUACAAGGUCUUUUUAGCUGGCGAAGUUGGCAUUUGCCAGAUGCUCCUGGGCCGUGGCGCAAGAGUUCCAAGUCAACCGAACUUGAUGGUCAUGGCCAGAGUCGCCGUCGACUGCAAGAGAGUGGUUGCGGUUCGGUAUGGGUACCACGGUACCACUGUGCCGCGAGAUUACAACGAGGGGGAUAGCAACGUCGCCAAGGCAAGAAGCUGCAAAAUAUACAAUAUCUCAAGCCGUUUAUAA